AAAAUCGUCACUGAUUCAGUUAGAGUUCAACGGGCAAGUAUGAUAGUGCUAUUUGAGACAAAAAGGAAGUGAACUCUCAAAAAAACUUUGCUACUGGACUUUUUACUUUAAAUAAAAAUAAACCAAAGUAGACGAAUGUUUAAAUUAUAAACAUGUAUUGAAUAACCUUGUGAACAUUGUGGCCAAUACGGAUUUCAGAUGGUUAAUCACAAAAACAUUAUUUAUGAACGAUUUACGACAACUCCGGUAAAGCAUGUCGACCCCACGGCGGACGUUUCACAAUACAUUGGCCCCGACAGAAUGAGCGCGCCGGAACUUCCGCCAAUCAACCCGACUAGAAAAAACGCUCUGAUCAACGAAUACCGGAGAAGUCACACGUUCAAUUACGUCAAAUCCACCACCGAAACGCGUGACAAGCGUCAUAGCAUCUACAGCGAUUCAGCGCUUCAGGGUUUGGCCGGAAACAGCAAGAGUCGUACGUCGUCGUCCUCGUCGUACAGCACGAGGAACCGCGUCCUGUCGGCAGGCGCUUACCGUCAGAAACUGACGACUGAUUUACCAAAAGAUUUUUUGUCAGGGUUCCCCGCAAAGAUUGAGAACUCCACAAUGAGAAGCAAAGCAAUCCCAGAGGCUACACCCCGUGUUGCCUCCACCCCGCGAAAAACAAGCGUGAAGGAAAUGAUUACGUCACAGCGUAAAAUCCACCCGAGCACCAGUGACGCGGCGCUGCCGUCGCGCGUCGGGUCUACGAACGGCUACGUGUCAACUAUGCCUCGGAACAGCUCGGACAAAAGCUUGUCUGAUAAGCGCAAUUCGAAAAACGUGCCAAACAACAACAACAACAACAUCAGCUCAGUGCAUAACAAUCAUAAAACCGGUCGCCGCAGUCAAAUGAACACUACUAUAAACGGUCUCCGGAAAUACUCGUCGACGCUCGGCCUCGACACGAAGGCGGACAAGCGGUCGGAAGAGGAGACCGCCGACGACGAAGAGCUGUUAGACUCGGACAGUGACACGGAGAAAAGUCAGCGAGUUAUUCAGUGGAUCAUCGGCGUGAACCGGGAGGCCGAGCCGCCGGAAGAGCCGCUCAUCGAUCACGUGGAUGAGCCACCGCAGCGGGACACGGCAAUACGUAUAGUGUACGACGGGGACUCGUGAACACUGCCCGGUACCCCCGGGACAUAAUUUAAUAUCUGUGAUAGCACGAGAGACGGAAGUGCGCCGUAGACGGCGCUUUUGACGGCGUUGCAAUUAUUUUUCGUGUUCUGUUGGUAGCGGAAGUUUUCUUCCCGUGUAUUUUGCACGGCGGAAGUGGAGAGUUAUUUGUUCAAUUUUGUUAAUCCUGACGUCGUCAUCGUCGUCAUUUUUUUAUUGUAUUUAUUAUCUUUGUUGCAUUUGUUCGAUUUUCUUUCAAACAAGCACAAGCAUUGUGUGUUACUAGUUCCAUAUAUGGUAGUGAGCCUUAUGCUAACGUUAAGCUUCAGUUAUCACAUCGGAGCCUCGUUCUGCGAAAUCGUACUGUAAUGCAUAACGUAAAGUGACAGACUAGCUUGUUUAGUACGUACAGACUUAUCAAGGACGACACAUUCCGCUUUUAUGGAAUUUGUUCGUUUAAAGAAAGUCCAUUCUCAACGAAAAUCCAGUUUAGGCGGUAAGUGUCGUCCCUGAUUAGCCUGCAUGGACUGCACCGGCUUAUCUGGAGUGAGACUUUACGCACAUGCAUUAAGCAAGGUUUUCCCAUAAAGAGGCUUGCUUUUUCGCCAUUUAUCAUCAUGUUUACGACUCUUUAAAAAAUUCUUAUGACUUGGCACAUGUCUGACAUGGAUCUAUGAUAAUGUUUUCAUGACCAUGUCAGUCAACCGUAUGCCCAUAGCAAAUAAAAUACACCUAGCCCUUUAAUAUAUGACACCAAAUAUAAAUAUGUUCUGAUAAAAACUGUAUAUGCCACCCCGUCUUAAACACACGUUAAGUUGUCCAGUCAUCUUCUGAUUUAAUACACGGAAAUCUGUUGAUCGGAUUUCAUGUUCAAGAAAUACUUUUAAUAAUUUUUUUUUAUAAAACGCUUCAUUUUAAAGAUGCCAAUGAUUGUAUCAAUAUUACGAUUAUCUAGCAUUUUCCAAUGUUCCUGUUUUACGUGUUUGUGUGAAUGAGUGUUCUUCUUAUGACCACCGGAAGUUCCCUUGGUAUCCCGUUGUUAGUAAUUGCAUUGGGUCUUGGAAAAUAAGUUACACUUACCGGUAUGUAAAAUAAAACGUUAAUGCCAAGAUGAACACUUGCUUAAUAAAAUAAAUACUGGAUAUUAGACACACGUGUAUAUAAUGAGUGCUCAAAGAAAUACACAUGCAGAUUGCAUAACCGAAUAUACUUUGAGUUUGUAAAUAUAAUAUAUGGACACAUAUUGUUAAUUUAUUAUCCAAUAUAGAUUCUGUUUUCGGCAAUAUUAAUUAAAGGCAGAUUUUCGAGGAAACUCACAAAACUGUUGUUAUUGCAUCUACGUUAGUUAAAGCUGAUAACUAUUAUGGCUGCAUUGUUUUGUUAUAUGCGAUUUAAUUUAUUUCAAACAUGUUUAUAAAACGUAUAUUGUUAAAUCUACAUUGACCAUGUAUUAGAAUAAAUAAUGCAUGAAACAUAAA